UCAUGCGUCCGUCCAUGGGGUUCAUCUCUGUAAUACAAACCUACCCAGUAUUUAUUAUACUGUAGGUAGUUUUCCAUUUUCAUUCAGUAAAUAAACGACUCAAGUUAACCCUGAUUGAAUAGUAUUACAAAGAUCUCUUCAUAUUUUUUAAAAAAUGGCUGAUUUCGAGGACGAAUGGUUAGAACAUGAACAGAGUCAACAGGCUCAGGCACCGGCGCCGAUCACCUACAAUAAUACUCGGAUUUACCGGCCGAGCCAAAACAGAGGCAGAGGGGACGGAGGCCACAGCAACGAAGGUAACUGGAGGGCUCGUGGUAAUUCCGCUGGCGGCGACUUUUCUAACACGAGGCGGGACUUUCCAAGGCGCGAUAACAGAAACAAGAAAACUAUGUUCGUCCCAUCAAAAAAGAUUGGUCGCAUCAUUGGUAAAGGAGGUUCAAAAAUACGUGAGUUGGAAUCUGAAUCUCAAGCUAAGAUCCAGAUCGGCGAUUCAAGCGGCGACGAGACCGAACUUAGUCUAUUUGGAUCUGAUGAAGCUAUAACUAAAGUAGAAGAGAUGUUGAAUGAUCUUUUGCAGGACUAUAAGCCACCACCAAAGGACAGUCAUAAUGAAAGUACAGAUAGUGGUCGCACUAAUGAAUUUUUCAAAACAAAUGAGUCUGGUGUCCAAGUUAUUGAUUGGGAUAAACUGAACAGUUAUCAUGAUCAACAUCAAAAAGCUCGAUGGGAAAGUUUGCCUCCCAUUGUUAAAGAUUUCUACAAAGAAGACCCAGAAGUAGCUGCCAUGUCACCUUCUUCAGUGGCCCGUUGGCGACUUGCUAAUAAUGACAUACAAGUAAAGAGGACAUUUGAUGACAAACCAGGAUUGAGGCCUAUUCCAAACCCGAUAAAAACUUUCGAACAAGCUUUUAAACACUACCCAGAAAUCCUAGAUGAAAUAUAUAAACAAGGCUUUGCAAACCCAUCCCCUAUCCAGUGUCAAGCAUGGCCAAUACUGCUAAGAGGUGAGGAUUUGAUUGGUAUUGCCCAAACUGGUACAGGUAAGACAUUAGCUUUUUUGCUGCCUGCUUUGAUACAUAUUGAAGGACAAGUGAUUCCAAGAGAAGAGAGAGAGGGCCCCACUGUGUUAAUCAUGGCUCCUACAAGGGAACUGGCACUACAAAUAGAUAAAGAGGUAUCUAAAUAUCAGUACAGAGGAAUCAAGUCUGUUUGUUUGUAUGGAGGGGGAGACAGAAAGGAGCAAAUCAACAUUGUUUCUAAAGGAGUUGAUAUUGUAAUAGCUACCCCUGGAAGACUAAAUGAUUUGGUAAUGGCCAAACAUUUAAGUAUAAUCAACUUUUCAUACAUAGUGUUGGAUGAAGCUGAUAGAAUGCUGGAUAUGGGAUUUGAGCCACAGAUCAGGAAAUCUUUGUUUGAUGUGAGGCCGGAUCGACAGACUGUCAUGACUUCAGCGACUUGGCCUCCUGGAGUUCGUCGUCUGGCAAGUUCCUACAUGAAAGAUCCAAUCCAAGUCAAUGUUGGCUCUCUGGAUUUGGCAGCAGUCCACACAGUCACGCAGAAAAUAAUAUUUGUACAAGAAGAUGAUAAAGAAAAUGUAUUGCUAGAGUUUAUUCAGAAUAUGGACUCCAAUGACAAAGUUAUUAUAUUCUGCGGCAAGAAAGCUACAGCUACACAUAUUUCUACAGAAUUGGCUUUGAAGGGCAUUGAAUGCCAGUCAUUGCAUGGAGAUAGAGAUCAGUGCGACCGUGAAGAAGCAUUAGCUGAUAUGAUGGAUGGUAAUGUGAAUAUUUUGGUGGCAACUGAUGUCGCCUCAAGAGGAAUAGAUAUCAAAGAUCUAACACAUGUUAUAAACUUCGAUUUUCCGAUGCAUAUUGAAGAAUAUGUGCAUAGAGUUGGCAGGACCGGAAGAGCUGGGAGGACUGGAACAGCUCUGUCAUUCAUUGCUAGGAAUGAUUGGGCACAUGCCAAAGAUCUGAUAAAGAUAUUGGAGGAGGCAAAUCAAGAAGUUCCAGAUGAGCUAGAGUCGAUGGCCGAAAGAUUCAAGGCAAUGAAGCUUAGGAGGGAGAAAGAAGGUGGAGGCCGGGGAGGACGCGGCGGUCGCGGAAGACGCGACAGAUACUAGUAUUCUCACUUUAAACAAAGUUAUGUUUCUGUGUCUUCUGCACUACAUAACUUUUCUCACUUUAGACUGUUAUUGUAAGAAUGUAAGUUUGUUUUACACAGUAUAAGUGUCUGCACAUCUGCUUGGUUCAUUUAUCAAUCAUUGUAUACCUAUAUUUUUAGCUACAGAAAGAAUUCACUUUAAAAUGGUAAUUGAAAAUUUUUAGUGUUAGGAAAAUAGAAUAGUCACAAUGUGAUCCCUACUUAUUUGUACUUUCACUAUUUAUUCAAUAUUUGAAAAAAUAUAGCGCUAGGGAAAAUUAACUCACAUUUCUUUUUUUACAUCAUCAUACUCUUUUAGUUUUGCUUUUCACUAUUUUGCCAUCUUAACAGCAGAUAUGGAGACACUUCCUAGAUGUAACUACUUAUGCUGUGAUAUAAUUUGUGUUAAUACUUUUAUACUAUUUUCAAGAAGUGCAUGUCGAAAGACGUAAUAAAACUACAUUAUAGGUAAUACGUCUGUAUUUCUUUUACAAUUUUUUCAACCAUACAAUACAAUACAACAGUAAAAGCGUAGUCAGGAAAUUGUCUUGAAUUUAAGCUUACGAAAAUUUGAUCGAUUAUGUAACACUUAUAUUUAAUACGACACUUAUCGCCUAUCAUGGACUAAAAUAUAAAGUUUGUAAAAUAUAUAACAAAAUGUGUCCAUGUCGCCUAUAUAAUAUAGUGCUCAGCUAACAAUGUCGUGCAUAA